UACUUAGUUUAUAAAAAUGGGAACAAAAAUUCCACAUCAAAGUAAAAAAAACAUAUCACAAGUGGAUAAGUUAGUGCGUGUUGGUUAUUAUGAAUUAGAAAAAACAAUAGGAAAAGGGAAUUUUGCUGUUGUCAAACUGGCUACACACGUAGUGACAAAGACCAAGGUAGCAAUUAAAAUUAUAGACAAGGCAUGUCUUGAUGAAGAAAAUUUAACUAAAACAUUUCGAGAGAUUUCGAUAUUGAAGCGACUUAAGCAUCCAAACAUAACCAGAUUAUACCAAGUAAUGGAAACAAAUAAUAUGAUAUAUCUCGUAACCGAAUAUGCAGCUAAAGGAGAAGUUUUUGAUUAUUUAGUUAGCAAUGGGAGAAUGAAAGAGGCAGAAUCUUGUAGGAUAUUUCGACAAAUUGUUUCAGCAGUAAAGUAUUGCCAUUCAAAGAAUAUAGUACAUAGGGAUCUUAAAGCUGAGAAUGUUUUGCUUGAUGCAAAUAUGAAUAUCAAGUUGGCCGACUUUGGCUUCAGUAACACAUUUACCGAAGGAAAUUUACUAUCAACCUGGUGCGGGUCGCCGCCUUAUGCUGCUCCAGAGUUAUUUCAAGGUUUGGAGUACGAUGGACCGAAGGCCGACAUAUGGAGCCUGGGCAUCGUUCUAUAUGUGCUGGUGUGUGGCGCUUUGCCAUUCGACGGGAAAACACUUCAGGAAUUACGGACAGCGGUCAUCAGUGGCAAAGUUCGGAUACCUUAUUUUAUGUCACAAGAAUGUGAACAUUUAAUCCGACACAUGCUGGUGGUAGAUCCUGAUAAACGAAUGUCCUUAGAACAUGUAUUGCAACAUAAAUGGAUGAUGCAAAAUAUGCAAAUAAAUAAUUGCAACACACAUAAACUGAAUAUAUUGAACAAUCCUAGUGAAAGUGAUAAGAAUAAUGAAAUACUUGAUAAUGUGGUUUUAAGGCAUAUGUUGCAACUUCCAGGAAUAUCACAAGAAAUGAUUGUAAAGGCUGUUUACGAAAAACAAUUUGACCAUAUAUAUGCAAUAUACAAUUUGCUUGUCGAUAAAUUACAACAGAAGCGUUUAGAACAAAGAAGAAAUGUGCAAGAAGCAAUAACAAGUGCACCGCCCAGUCCCAGUAACAGACUGGAGUUACUUCAGUCUGGUGAUAUUUCACAAACUCAUUCUUUUUCAAAUUAUGACAUAGCCAUUCAGACUGAUAGACCUAGUUCUCUUGAGCAUAUUUUGAAAGCUGAAAUAAUGAAAGAAACGGCACAUCAUGUAAACAAUAAUGAGAAUGAGGAUAAUAGGGAUGUAGUAAUUCGGGGCAUGGGCGAUGAAUUGAGUGGUUGUCAUGGUUCUAGCGGCGAUAGUGGUUUAAGUACACCAGGGUUCAAUUCACCAUUCGUAUCAAUGCCAACUAUUUCAGACGCUUAUCUUAUGACUGGAGACUCUUUUCAGAAUUUAGAAAAGUUUGGUGAUAAAGAAUUGGAGCCCCCAAGUCCGCCUCGUGUUAGCAUCACACCACCCAUCUAUAAUGCCCGCAGACAUACAGUUGGACCUGGAGAUCAAGCGCACCAACAGGUUUUGGAUGCGCAUUCUAUCCCUACCGGCUUUUAUCGAAAUACACCUGGAACUAUUCACACGAACACUAUAAAUUUACCUUCUCUUUUGAAUCAACUGGUUACAAACUUCACCAUUAAAGACCAACAUCUUCUCAAACCCCCAACUGCUAUGGAAACAACUACCAACUUUGGUCGCAGAGCUAGCGAUGGAGGUGUGAAUCUACACAUGUUUAAUCAACAUUCUGGGGCUAGUUCUAUAAGUUCUGGGCUUCAAGAAAUUUCACCUACACAUCAUAUAGCUGGUUGUCAACCUAUUUUGUCCAAUCUAGAGUUCUCACAAGCUGAACCUCAUGUAGGAUCUACAUCGAGAGCUGAUUUGAUGAUGCCAGCGCUGGAUGAUACCAAUGAUGUCCAGGAAACAGUUUCUGGUUCCUGUAGGUUAUUUCACAAUCGUCGCCAUACAAUGGGUUGUACAGAAGAACUUACCGUUCACAACAGAUGCAGAAGUCCGGUGAGCAGCACAUCCACUCCCGCCACUACUCGAACUAGGCGAACUGGUUUACUUACAGUCAUGGAGCGACCGCCAGAAAUAAGUCCAGAGCUUUUGCAAGAAGUAGAGGCACGCAUGCGCAAAGCACCAGGUCGAAGAACUACAAGUAGAGCAUGUCGAUUGCCCACUGUACAGGAAAUAGGUCGCGAGCAGCGUGAAAGAUAUAGCCCUGUAAGAAGAGGUUCGGAAGGAUCACACGUCAGCAGAACAGCUCAUCAGGAAUGCCAAAUUCUCCAGCGGGGACUAGAUAGGCAGCGACACAAUCCAGUUGCAAAUAAUCCACUUAUGUUUGAACAUCCAGGUCCUCCGAGUCCCAAUUCUGUUCCAAGUUCACCAAAACAUUAUUUGAACAACACUUCGGAAACAAUAUUUACAAGUGACUCAUAUGAAAUAGAUUUGGAUGUUGAUAACAUAAAUAUUCUCACUCCUCUGCUUGAACAAAUGGUGCUAGAAAAUAAAAUAGAAGUUGAACUAGCCACAAAUAUUUUUGGAAGUAGAAAAAUACGGUACGAUUUAGCAAGCAAGUUGGGAUUGCUGCCGCACAUUCAUAGUAAAAGUCUUCUAUUGCACAAAAAUUAUCCCAUGUUUAUGCCAGUUAAGAACAUGCCUAACUUAAUUGGAUGUUUUAAUGCUCAAAAUUCUCAUAAUGCUUUUGGUCUUCAACAACAGUUUCAAAGCAGUUAUUCAGGCCAAACUUCGCCUGCUUGUUAUGGCAGCUAUAGCGGUCAGAAUUCACCAAGAUUGUCAAAUUCUCCAGUUUAUAAUAUCAGUUCAAAUCUGUCUCAGGGCCAGGUAUCACCCUUGCAUCAAAUAACUAAGGGUAUAAGUAUUCUCAAUACUACAGGCACCGGGACAAUUAUGAAAGGCAUACCUGGUAUGAAAAAUUGUCUUGCUAUGAAUCAACCACUUGAUCUCACUACUUCCAAUUCAGAUGCACAUGAUAUGGCAGUGGAUAUUGCCAUGAAUCGUAACCAUUUGGAUGGUUCCUCCUCUGGCUCCAUUUUUCCGAACUUAACUCUUAAUUUAACAUCACAAGGUGCUCAGGCGCGGAUUAGUCCGAGCCCCCCGCCUUCUCCUUUAGUUCAAGGCUUAGAUAUUAUUCGAGAAGAACAAGAUAGUUUAAAAAGCAAUAAAAUGCUUUUCAAUAAAUCAAUCAGUGAAUAUAGUCAAAAUAAUCCUCAAAUUUUUUUGACAGAUGUCUUAGGUAGUGAAAUAACUUUAGUGGCAUCAGCAGAUAACAGCGAAGAUAGUAUGGAUAGCUUGGAAAAUGCUUUGAAAAUUGGCAUCAAUCAUCCAUAUGUUGUUGCCGAAGAUUGUGCAAAUGACUGUCCUUCAAUAAUGCGCGGGGUCGGGAGAAAAGCUAGCUUUGAAUCUGAUGCAAACAAAAGUAUGCGAAACGAUGAAUGUUUGUCACAAGAUAAAUUUGAAGCUUAUUCUCCACAAGUAAGUUAUAAAUCUUUAGGAUUUAGCGAUGAUAGUAUAUCAAAUGACUCAAUUCUUUCAAACCAAUCUCCCACUUGUGAGAAUGGUUUUUCACUUGGUUCAAAUAUCUGUAAUAUAUUCUCACAUAAUUCGACCUCUGUUAGUUCCUGUGAACAUUCAAAUUAUUCUUUAUGUUCAGAUAAUUGUAAUAUUAAAAAUGAGGAAAUGCAUACAUUACAUUUGAGGGAUUCGCAGAACUUGCUUGAUUUGUUAACACACGAGCAACUAAAUGAUAAUAGGCAUGUUUGUAACAGGGCAUUGCCACAGGAGUAUCUUGAAAUAACCCUGUCCGAUUUUAUGUCCACUCAAAACCCAGAUGAUAUACUUGAAAUUGUUAAGCAAACAAUUAAUACGAAAGUACCACCAAAGUAUUUAGUACACAAGAAAUUUACAGAGCAAUCUACUGACUCUGGGGUUUCGGAUAAUAUUGCAGAGGGUAUUUGUAAUCUUAAUUUAGAGUACUCUGGGGGCGUUCAAAUAGAAGUCGUUUUAUGUGAGAGCAAAACAAACUGUGCUAACAAAGGACUGAAAAUGCGUAGAAUAUCAGGUGAUCAAUUUGAAUAUGGUAGGUUAUGUCAACAACUCAUCAAGUCAUUAACAGUUAAUUAGUUAAUCAUAUUUUAAGAGAUUUUUUAUAUAUUUGCAAAACUGUUAUAAUUUACAUUUGUACAAUUGUACAGGCAAA